UUCGGUCGACGCUGGUGAGUGGAAGCAGAGUUUGUUCUUAAGGUUCUGCCCUCGUGCGAAGAUUGCUUCGGAAGAACGGGCAGGUUGUGUUUGGACUAUCCGGAUGAAGUGGCGUGUGUAUUUACAAAUUUAACCGAUUCGAUUGUUACGUUAAAUGUCGUGGGAAAAUUCGUGUCGGUUGGUUUCUUCGUUAGUGGCGUGGAAUCGUGGGGUAUCAAGGUUUUGGAUGUUCUAUUAUAGUGGCGCAAAUUAAGUUGUGUUCUGGGAGAAAUACAGUUGUUAUGGACUUGUUCUAAGCUUGGACAUAAAUUCCAUAAAAAUCCAAAUUGCCCCAGUUAGUGUUGUUGUUCUAGCCAUUCCUGUUAACGGGUUAAACAAACCUAGUGUUGCAUCUGUGGUUCCGUACGGUGGAUGGUCUCAUUGGUCUCGUACCGCGGACGUGUUCUACAGUUCCCAACUAGUGGUGCUUUUGCUGCUGCUGCCGUUCACACGCUAAUAAAGUCAAAGCUCAACAAGCAACAACGCCGGGCGAGCGAUAAAAAGAAAUCGCCCUCACCAUCAAGAAUUCAAAUGAGAUGCAAAUUCAGCCAGUGAUAAUGCGAUUAUUAGUGAUUUUAAGCGCUUCGUUGAUGACCGCGGUCGUGCGGGCCGGCACUCUGGUGUCCCGUUCCGAUUUCGAUGUUGUAACGACGGCGUUGUCGUCUUCGCCGGUCGUUGGCGGUGGCGGUGAAACCGGAAGUGCUGCAGUUGGUGGAGGCGCAGUGUUGUUUUUGAGGCGACCCCCGGGAGUGACGGCUCCCGCCAGUGUGGGCCUGCCACGUCAACGGUCGAUACAGCAUGCCGGGUUGGCAGUUGGAGCACAGUCCACUGCUGGCGGGCACCGUUCGUUCAUGUCUUCUGGAGCAGUGCCGGAGAAGAAUGUUUACCGAACGAAGCUGUCCAAGUUGAAGUUAAUUCUGCUGGCCGACAUGCUGAAUGACAUGCAGCCAGCACCGCUGGAAUUAAUCACUUGUCUGGCGAACUCGUCGACGCUCAACGUUACCACCAAGCACUGCGAGUGCGAGACGUACUCCUGCAAAGAUUUGCUGACUUCAUCAUCGAGUUCAUCACCUUUCAACUCGGUUAAUCAGAGAAAAAUACACACGUCGUGUCGUGACUAUUGUUGUCGGAAGAAGAAAUUCAACCGUUCGAUCGACCCCACGGUUCAGAACGCCGUGGCUGCGGCGUUCCGUCAUAAAUCGCUCGCUUCGAUGCCACCUGCCGACCAGCCCGCGUCCGAUGCUAAUGGGUUGGCAGCAUCCCCAUCCUUGAGCUCUACGUCGCCGUUGUCGUCAUCAUCGUCGUCAGUGGCACGCCAAUCACCUGCGCGGCGGAGUUGCGAAGGUAGCAUCGUUAAUCAAAUUGCAAUUUCGAAUAACGAGGACUACGGCAGUGGUGAACCUGCCGGAACCAACCGAGCUCAUCCGGUGCGGCAACCACAGCAGCAUCAGCAGCAGUAUCUCUCCUGGCUGUACCGAGUGAUUUUAAUUGAAAAGGGACUCACAAUUUGCGCCGGUACGUUAAUCCAUCCGAGCGUCCUGUUAACCACUGCAGUCUGCGUGAUAAAUAAAAAUCCAGACCAAUUAAUUGUACGGCGUCAGUCAAUCGAAACCAGCCGGAUAGCUGCUUAUGAGGAACAGUCGCGUGCCAUCAGAAGGAUCGUCAUCCCGGACCAGUACGCGACGACGUUUGAACGCCUGGAGAACAAUGUUGCCUUGCUUGUUCUGGAGCAGGACAAAGGCAAACAACAGCCAUCCGAUGAGGAAGAUAACUUGGCAUUCAAGCAGGCUCUCUUCAGCAACAUCAGCAGAACCGUCGUCGGCACAGGCAACCCUAUCCCCGCACUGGCACUGGUCGGUGCUGCCCCGUCCACCAGCUGGCGCCAACAGCAUGCGGAAGCGGCACUUGGAAAUCGAAGAAACAACUCCUCGCCGCCACCCCUGACGACGCAGGAUCCACCGGAGGAUAGCUUCCAUCAGCCAUCAGCCGUUCGGGAAAAUGCUGCACGGAGUAGCCAACCGGAAUCGUCUUCGUAUAUUUGCUUAUCAUCAAUUAUAAAUCAUCCCUCGCCGGCAAUGUCCAAUAUUUGUCAAACUUACUCCUGGAGAAAGCUUCGGAAAAGUGCCAGGUCAUCCGCUGCCGCUACCGGAGGAGCUGGAAGUCGACGGAGGCAGCGCCGCAACCAACGGGCGGGACAACAACGAAGCCGAAACGUGCGGCAGAGCCGUAGCAACCGCAGCAGCGGUGACGAUGGCACUAAUUACGUAACGGCAAAUAUUAGCAUUUUUCCGGCCAAUGGAAGCGAGUGUCGUCGGGAGCACCGGGACUAUCUGCAACACCACGGGAAUCUGUGUGCCGGUCCGCAGGAUAAAACUCGUAGCUUGCAGGUGGACCUGAGCGGAUCGCCACUGAUUUGCACCGAACGGAGAGACGACGGAACGGCACGGGUGGAGCUGCGCGGCCUGCUGACCUGGUCAACGGACAUCAACCGUGCGCCCCAUCUGUUCACCAAUCUGACCACCUACCGGAGUUGGAUCGAAGACGAAUUGGACAAACUGGAUCAGCUGGAACUGGUGCAGCAAUCGUCUUAAUUCGAUUUAGUUGCUUGCUUGCUGUUGGAUUGCGGUAGUUUACGGUCGGUCAGCAGAGGUGUCUUCUAGUGAGAUUAAACUUUUAUUUUAUUUUUAUUAUUUCUAAGUGAUACGUGAUAAGUGAAUUUACGGGGCAAUAAAAUUGCUUUUUUAUUAUACAUGAAUAUUUGAUGACAAA